AUGGCCUCUCUGCUGCGAGACUCGUGCUACGGGAACAUCAUCCGCGUUCUCACCAGCGGCCGCUUUUUCAGAUACGACGAUGAAAUCCAUCCCGAGCUCUGGCAUCGGUAUAUCAACAUUGACAAGUCCGCGAGCAUGGCUCGUGGCUCAGACGAGAGCCCAGGCUCUGACGUUGACAUCGACGCGCGCGUUAGGAAUGUACCGUCCAGACCAUGGGAGGAAAACGGACAGAGAUUCCAGGGGUUGACCGGGGAAAAGGUCGAUCCCGAGAAAGGCACCGAUAUCAUGAUGGUGGACUGGUGGGAUGACAAGGACCAGGAUAACCCCCGGAAUUGGCAUUCGGCAAAGAAGGCGUUCGUCACCUUCGAAAUAUGCCUUCUUACCUUCGGCAUCUACAUCGGGAGUUCCAUAUACUCUGCUGGCGAGCAGGAUAUCAUGCGCAAGUUUCAUGUCAGCCAGGUGGUCGCGACUCUAGGGCUAUCGCUGUUUGUUGCCGGCUAUGGAAUUGGGCCAUUCUUAUGGUCUCCUAUGAGCGAGAUCCCGGUCAUUGGACGCAACCCCGUGUAUAUCCUGACGCUGGUUGUCUUCGUUGCGCUCCAGGUCCCGGUGGCUCUGGCGGCUAAUCUGGGAAUGCUGCUCGCGUUCCGGUUUCUGACGGGAUUCUUCGGGUCUCCAGUAUUGGCAACGGGCGGUGCCUCUAUUGGCGACAUGUACAGCCCGUCCAAGCGCGCGUAUGCCAUGGGAAUCUACGGCAUCAGCGCCGUGUGCGGCCCCAGUCUAGGACCGCUUAUCGGUGGCUUUGCAGCGCAGGCAGAGGGAUGGAAGUGGCCCAUCUGGGAGCUCCUGUGGAUGUCCGGCUUUGCGUUGUUGGUUCUGUUCUUCCUGUUACCAGAGACGUCUUCAGCAAACAUCCUCUACCGACGAACUCGCCGGCUGCGCAAGGCUACAGGGAUCCAGAGCCUGCGUUGUCAAUCCGAACUUGACGCGCGCAGUAUCACGUUCGGAGACAUGGCAAUGACGAUUUUGGUGAGACCGUUUGUUCUGAACUUCACAGAGCCCAUGGUCUUCCUGCUCAACCUCUACCUUGCUCUCAUAUACGGCCUGCUGUAUGUCUGGUUCGAGUCCUUCGCCAUCGUGUUCGUCCGCAUCUACGGCUUCAACAUCGGCCAGGAGGGGCUUUCAUUCCUAGGGCUGCUGGUGGGAGCGAUUGUGGUGAUUCCCCCCUUCUACUGGUGGAUGCGCAAGUACCUCGAACCGAGAUUCGACGAGAACGGCAACGUAGCACCCGAAGUACGACUUCCAGCAGCCUGUGUCGGCGCCUUUGCGAUUCCCAUCUGCCUGUUCUGGUUCGGCUGGACCGCCAGACCAAGUAUCCAUUGGAUCGUCCCGAUCGUCGGUUCCGGGUUCUUCUCCGUCGGUGCGUUUCUCCUCUUCAUCUCUAUUUUCAACUAUCUAGCCGACGCGUAUCCGUUAUACGCCGCUUCUGUUCUGGCAGGGAACAACCUCUUCCGUGCUUUGUUCGGGACCGGGUUCCCGCUCUUUGCGUCGGCGAUGUAUAAGAACCUUGGUGUGGGUUGGGCAAGCUCUACUUUGGGUUUCAUAUCUGUCGUGUUCAUUCCGAUACCGUUCGCGCUGUACGGGUUCGGCAAGACGCUUAGGACCAAAUAUAGCAUGCAUGCUCGUAAAGAUAUAUAG